AUGUUCGUGUUUUUCAUUUUAUUAUCCAGUAUUAUAGUUCAAUGCUUAGGAAAUACAAUUUCAUCGGUUCCUGUGACAUGCGGAUUAAAUGAAACUUAUGUUAAAUGCAAAACGACUUGCCCUCCUCAAGCCUGUAACUUGUCCUAUACUGAGUAUUUGUGUGACCCGAAUCCUAAUCCAAAAUGUGAGCCUGGAUGCGAUUGUAUAAAAGAUUACUUUCGAGACGAUGAGGGAAACUGCGUUUAUAAUGAAGACUGUCCAUACCCUUCAUCGGUUCCUAUAGAAUGCGGAUUGAAUGAAACUUUUGUUAAAUGCAGAACGAUUUGCCCUCCUCAAGCUUGUAACCUGCCCUAUACUGAUUAUUUGUGUGACCCGAAUCCUAAUCCAAAAUGUGAGCCUGGAUGCGAUUGUAUAAAAGAUUACUUUCGAGAUGAUGAGGGAAACUGUGUUUAUAAUGAAGACUGUCCAUACCCAACACCACCAGCCAUAUGUGGUGAAUUUGAAGAACCAAUAACGUCUGAUAGUGGUAAAGGUGAAAUUAAUCCUGAUGAAAACUGUAAAUGUAUUGACAAUUAUAUAAGAGAUAGUAACGGGACUUGUGUACCAGUCGACCAAGAACCUAUUUCAGACGGAGAUUGUAAACCGAUAAUUGUUAGAGCAAAAGCGUCAGCAAGAUCCUCAUCAAGCUCGUCGUCAUCGUCAUCACACGCAUCUGCGUCUUCGUCAGCUAAAAGUAAUUCUGUAAAGGCCCCGUGCAAUUCAAACGGUAGAACUCCCUGUAUUUACGACCAGUGCACACCGACCUGCUCCAUACCCAACCCUAGUAACUGCCCACAAACUUCGAAUCCCUGUAAUUGCGCUUCAGGAUAUAUUUUAUCUGAGGAAGGCGGCCAGUGCGUUAAAUUAGAAGAGUGCAAAAAAUAUUUAAAUUGCAAUGGCGACCGUAAUGCAACGUUACAAGAAUGUCCGACAGAGUCAUCAUGUAAAUCGUCGUGUAAGAAUCCAAAUGGUUUUUGCAACGACCAAUGUGAUUCAAGUGGAUGCCAAUGCAAUCCGCUUUAUUUACUGUCUGACGAAGGAAAAUGUAUUUUACCAAAUGAUUGUCCAGGAGGUAACCCAUGUUCUCAAAAUGAAACCUUCAUUUAUUGCAACGCGGGAUGUCCAACGAACUAUUGUCCAAAAGACGACAGCCGCGCUAUCGUUGCCUGCAGCCCGCCUUACCCAUGUCCGUCUGGAUGUGCUUGCAAAGCAAAUUAUAAGCGUUUGAAUUCAGAAGACAACAGGUGUAUUUUGGCAUCAGACUGCCCCCCGGUAAAUUGUACGAGAGAAAAUGAAGAAUGGAAUGCGUGUCCCCCGCCAUGUUUUACAGAAAGCUGCGGAGAUAUAAACAAACCACCUGGUGAAUGUUAUCAAUCCAGCUCUUACUGUCAACCACAGUGUGUAUGUAAGGAAGGGUAUCGUAGAAAUGAUAAUGACAUAUGUGUUCCUAUUUCAAACUGU